CUUCUCAGGAAAGGUGUGAUUCAAAUCCCCAGAGCCCCCUCAAGUAUUGUCAAGCUGCUCCCCAGUGUUGCUCAGGGUUAGGCUGGGAAACAAGGAAAGAAAUUUGACACCAAGCCUCAUCUUGGCUACUGAGAGAAAUAUCAUCUCUGAGGUCACUCGACUUAAAGGGCAUUUCUAUUAUUGUUUGGUCAGGUCUUUGUGGAAGACGGCCCCUUCCUUGAUCAUGCAAAACGGAUCCGGGGGAAAUCAGAAAUUUUCUUGUCCACCUCUUCUCAGUAUUCCGGCUCCCCCAACUACCUCCGUCACCUUGUAAAAUUGGCAGACUCUGGACCUUUUGCAUGCUGGAGAAAAAUCACUGUUUUGCCUCCAGCAAGGAACAUGCCUGUUGCAACACUGACUCCUCCUCUAGUGAAGAAAGAGUGAACAAGUGCACCGAGUUGAGCUUCUUCGCAGAGACACGCGGCUGGCGACUGCGGAGCAGUGGCUAAAAUCCCCAGACGCCGGGUCUUCUGGGCUGGGCUUUCCCCGCCGCCGCGCUAUUCUGUCUUAUUCGCUCUUCUCCUGCUUCUGGAUUCUACCCAGGGCUCAGGAAACAGCUUUACCUGCAGUGAUAAAGCUCCCGUCCUUUGCAGGAAGUGCUCACCGCCUGCUAUGGCAGACUUUUCUCCCCAGCAAAACUAACGGACACGUCUGUCUGUGAAGGUGAGCACCACAGAUGCUUUGCACGUGAGCCCUGAAGGGAGCCUCUGAUACAUUGCCUGUAGCAAGAAACAGGAGCCAACAUGAAGGAAAACAUGCCAUCUGCCCUUGCUUUCAUCCUACUUUUUCUCAACAUCGGCCUUCUGAAUGGACAAUCACCACCUGGAAAACCUGAGAUCCACAAAUGUCGUUCUCCUGACAAGGAAACAUUCACCUGCUGGUGGAAUCCUGGGACAGAUGGAGGACUUCCUACCAAUUAUUCACUGAUUUACAGCAAAGAAGGAGAGAAAGACACCCAUGAAUGUCCAGACUACAAAACCAGUGGCCCCAACUCCUGUUUCUUUAGCAAGCAGUACACUUCCAUAUGGAAAAUAUACAUCAUCACAGUAAAUGCCACUAACGAGAUGGGAAGCAGUGCAUCGGAUCCACUUUAUGUGGAUGUGACUUACAUAGUUGAGCCAGAGCCUCCUCGGAACCUGACUUUAGAAGUGAGACAGCUAAAAGACAAAAAAACGUAUCUAUGGGUAAAAUGGUCCCCACCCACCAUAACUGAUGUGAAAACUGGUUGGUUUACGAUGGAAUAUGAAAUUCGAUUAAAGUCUGAAGGAGCAGAUGAGUGGGAGACCCAUUUUACGGGGCAGCAAACACAUUUUAAGGUUUUUGACUUAUAUCCAGGACAAAAAUACUUUGUCCAGACUCGCUGCAAGCCAGACCAUGGAUACUGGAGUAGAUGGGGCCAAGAGAAUUCCAUUGAAAUACCCAAUGACUUCACCUUGAAAGAUACAACCGUGUGGAUCAUUGUGGCCAUUCUCUCUGCUGUCAUCUGUUUGAUUAUGGUCUGGGCAGUAGCUUUGAAGGGCUAUAGCAUGAUGACCUGCAUCUUUCCACCAGUUCCUGGGCCAAAAAUAAAAGGAUUUGAUACUCAUCUGCUGGAGAAGGGCAAGUCUGAAGAACUCCUGAGUGCCUUAGGAUGCCAAGACUUCCCCCCCACUUCUGACUCUGAGGACUUGCUGGUGGAGUUUUUAGAAGUGAAUGACAGUGAGGACGUGCAGCUAAUGCCAUCCCAUUCCAAAGAGUACCCAGGUCAAGGUGUAAAACCCACACACCUAGAUCCUGACAAUGACUCUGGUCAUGGAAGCUAUGACAGCCAUUCUCUUUUGUCUGAAAAGUAUGAGGAGCCCCAGGCCUACCCCCCUGCUUUCCACAUUCCUGAGAUCAUUGAGAAGCCAGAGAAUCCUGAAGCAAAUAUUCCUCCCACCCAGGACCCCCAAAGCAGCAUCCCCUAUUUUCAUUCAGAUGUGUCUAAAUCUUCAACAUGGCCUUUACUGCCUGGCCAACACAUGACCAGAUCUCCUUAUCACAGCAUUGUUGAUGUGUGCAAGCUAGCUGGAGGUCCUGUAGAUACACUUGCCUCUUUCCUAGACAAAGCAGGAAAAAACCUUCUAAAAUUUUCUAAAACCCUCAAGACUGGAGAGGAAAAAGAGGUGGCUGAGCAAGAGGAGAUGAAAAGCUUCCAUUCUGAGACUAAACAGAACACAUCAUGGCCCCUGCUCCAGGAGAAAGCUCCCAUUGUCUAUGCUAAACCCCCAGAUUAUGUGGAGAUUCACAAAGUCAACAAAGAUGGAGUACUAUCAUUGUUCCCCAAACAGAAAGAAAACAACCAGGCAGAGAAGCCCGGGGUUCCUGAAGCCAGUAAGGAGUAUGCCAAGGUGUCUGGGGUUGUGGAUGACAACCUCUUGGUGUUAGUGCCAGAUUCACGAGCUCAGAACACAGCUUUGUUUGGGGAAUCAGCCAAGAAGGCUCUACCAUCGCUUGAACAGAAUCCACCUGAGAAAGAUCUGGCCAGCUUUGCGGCAACCUCAAGCAACUGCAGACUCCAACUGGGCAGGCUGGAUUACCUGGAUCCUACAUGCUUCAUGCACUCCUUUCACUGAUAGCUAGACUUAUGGAAUGAUCGGCUAAAAUGUGAUUUUUUUUCUUCAGGUAACACUACAGAGUCAUGGAAUAAUGUGGUCUGCUAGUGAAUGUUACAGGAUGUGGGUAAAAUAACACUACUUCACUCCUUUUCAUGUCGUGUUCAGCACUUGCCUCUUUUCAACAGCUGAUAUCCAGAACAAAUCGAUCUUGUUUCCUGUGAUUUGUAGACUUUCUCUUUGCUAUAAAUAUAUAUAUAUGUAUGUAUGUAUACAUAUAUAUAUUAUAUGUGUUCAAUGAAAUAAAAGCACAUUGCCUACCAUUCUUGAGGGAUGGUGCCAGCAGGUACAGCCACUGCAAUAGAUUUGGCAUGUGAUAGAAGGUAUGAAACACUCAAAAGGACUUAGCACAAGAAGAUGACAGAUAUGCUGAAAAUGCCAUGAAAACCGCUUUUAAAACUGAUUGCUAAGCCUUUACACUCCUCUUUCAUUCUAUUAGGAUGGUCCAAGCAUAGCACUUUUUUGAAGGAAUACAUUCUGGGACACCAGCCAAAUUGUUUACAACAGUCCCUAUACCUUACUGAUCCUUUGCCUGUAUGCAAAUGAAAUCAUGCCCCAAUUUUUUCUUAAAGUAGUUUGAGUAUGUUAAGCAUGGGUUAUUCUGCCUAAGCUUUAUUUCUUUCUAAGGCCCCUAGAGUGUAUAGUUUGGCGGAAUAUAAUUUCCUUACAAAAUAAGAUCAAUGAAUUCCACGUGGUGAACCAUUUUCAAAUGUGUUCCUUGCUUCAUUUCAGCAAGACAGAUGAUUUGUUAUAGACCCUAGUAUUUUCUUAUUGAAAAAAAAAUUCCCAAAGACUAAUUUUAAUCUAAACGGUAAUCAUUGCAGGAUGCUAAUAGAAGUGUUGCCUUACUGUAUAUACAAUUCUGCUUUAAUACAAACCCGUAAGUUUAGCACUGUAUUUUUGAAGACUAUUUUUCUAUUGCUUAGGUAAAGUAAAGACUAUUUUCUAACUUCCCAGUACUGCUGUUUACGUCUUCAAAUGGGGACAGUAAUUUUUGCUGCAAGGUUAUAAUGAGUAUUCAAAGUACAUAGUAUAUGCAGUAUAUAUGUGCAUAUAUAGUAUAUGCAGACCCUGUUAGAGUGAAAUGCCAGGCCAAUCCAUUGCCCACUGAGGAAUGUGAAGCAGACAAAAAAUUCAAUAAAGUAGAAUAGAGUAUAGUCUAUCUGAUUAUUUUUUUCUUCCAGUUACUUUAAAUAGCAGCCAUCAUUGACUUAGGGUUUUAGGACUCUCUAGACCUAAAAUAUUUCUCCCGUGAACUUAGGGCUCUGCUCACCUAUGGGCGAAUCUUAUGAACCAUCAUGGAAGUGGAGAGUAGUGACUGCUAGCAGAGUUUCCAAGACAGAGAAUUGGCUUUGUGUUAUUUGCUUUUUUUUCUGAGCAAUCCCGAACACAAAAGAAUUUUAAGCAAAACUAAAAGUCAAUAUCUCUUUGGAAUAAAUGUAUUUGAAAACUCUUGGCAGAAGUUGCUCACAUCAAGAAUGUCCAGAUAAAAGUUCUAGGAAAGCAAGCAGCUGUCCAGUGAUAAGAACAGCUUCAAAGGUCAGGGGAUGGGAGAAUCUGUAAGACAGCUCCAAGAGUAGGCUUCCUAAGGAGGCUCAAAGCCUUGUAUCUCCAUAUUAAUAAGAGUAUCUGCGACUCAUGUUCUGCACUCUGCUUCCCUCUGCUCUUCAUAUCACCUAUAGGCAAAUCAGUUCUCUGUCCAUUCAUUAACUGGAUAUAGAGACUCUGAACUCACCUUUUGUGAGUUAAAUAUUUCACCCAACAAGCACAUGUUGGUAGAAACUGGAUUCAGAGAUUCCUUGAAGACCAAAAGUAGACGUAGAGCCAACACUUUCAGAACUGCAAGUGCAAACACCUGAAGCAUAUUUCCCAGUACAUAAACAUCUUGUGAACAACAGAAGCAUUUGGGAAAGUUGUCCAGGAUCAUUCAAUGCCCUGGACCCUCCAUACUAAAUGUCUGAGGACCAACUGCAUUGCAUCACAUGGGUGCUACUUGGAAAUUUUGUUUGCAGCAUCUCAAGCCUCAUCGAAGACAUACAGAAUUGGAGUCUGCAUUUUACUAAAUGCCCAGAUAACUCACAUGCACACUCAAGCUGGAGAAGCAUUGUUUUCUACGACCAUUUCCACAAAAGGUUAUUUUUUCCCUCUCUUGGAAAGUACGGAGCAAGUCUUUUAAACUUGAAAUAAGCAACACUGUAUAUAAAGAAAAAGCAAAAACAAAACUAUCAGUCAUUUAAGAUUCACAUAAUGAUGAAGUUUAUAUGAAGUCACAUGAGAGAAUGACAUGCAAAAUACACACACCUUCCAAGAGGGUCAAUGAAUCUAGUUCACCUUGAAAACUACUGACAAAAUAAACAUCAAAGCCAGUGUAAACUAAACCUUUCCCAACAUAUUCUAUUCUUCUCCAGGAGAUAACAAAUCAUGACCACUAUAGAAUUGAUAGUGCAUAUUGUACUCAUAGUUUGAAACUUAAAAAUCUGCAUCUGAUAUAUAGUUUCACAUAUGUGAAAAACAUGACUGUCUAAAGGCAAGUUACAUCCCACAAAAAUCAGUUAACAUUCAUGAAAUUAAAAAAUAAAAUAAAAUAAAACCCAUAGUUCAAUUUGUUUAUUAGAAUUCUUAUGGUCAAAUAUUUUCUGUUGAAAAACAGCUGUUUGAGUGAAAGAAUGAAUAUUAGGAGUCAAGAUAUCUGGGUUCUAGUCCUGCUUUGCCUUGGAAAGGCCAAUUACCUAUUUUGGAUUUCAGUUUUCUCUGACUAUGUUGGAUGGAUAAUCUGAAAGCCCUAUUGAAAUUCGGUAUCCUUGAUUCUAUGACUCACUGAGCAAUUUGAACCAAUUCCUGACAUCUUAAUUAAGUUGCUAGACAGUUGUAGAAAUGCAAAGUCACCUUCACUGAUGUACUCAUCCCUGCUUCACUCCUUAAAGGCUCGACAUCCCGUUAGUCUGCACAUAUGAAGACAAACAGGAUGUUGAGACUUUAAGUCAGACUCUAAGAUCAUGGGCAAAUAUGUGUUCAGAGAUAAGACGUAUAGCUAAGAAAGACACAGGAAAUGAGACACUGGUCUUUAGAAAAACUAUCUUUGAUGCAUCAAGCCAUGCUUAUUCCUGUGUGGAGCCAACAGCUUCAAGUCUCUGUUCUUGUAUUUGGUUGUUGACUGUUUUCCUAUCAUCAUAGUUCAUGAAUAACCAUUGAACAUAUAAAUUAAAGAACCUUUUGCUCUGAAUCACAAAAAUGUAUAGUUUUGUAAGCAACUAAGAAUUCAGGUUCUGAAGUACAUGGAAACUGAAUAUAUCCAGUGGAUGAUUGAUAGAACUUUAGGGCACAAAUGGCAAAAUAUUCUCUGAUAGGUUUUAACAGAUGCAUAGAAGGAACUUUAAUAUGAGCACAACUUACCAUCAACUCUGUCACUGAUUUUUAAAAGAUGAUACAUUCUCCUAAGUGCCUGAGACCAAUUCUGGUAAUCAGUUAUAGGCUAAUGAUUCACUGUAAACUGGUUUGGUGGGAAGCAGCCAAGCUCUUGUUGCAUGUGAAAAAUCAAAGCUGGGAGGAGACUCUUUGCUUGGCGUAAUCCGAGAGAAUUGGUGAAUCUUCAGUUAAUGAACAAGCAAAGGACUUGAGCUCCAGGGUAAAGAUUGUCCAAACAGAAGCCUAGCUCCUUUUUUUUUAAUUUUUUUUUUAUUCAGCUUCCCUCUGCUGUCCAUAAUU